AUCUACCAACGUACAUUCACACAUGAGAAGAAGAACAAGAGGGGGAAAAAAAAUGGCGCCAGUAGCAUUAUUUCUGGUAACUAUUAACGUCUUCCUUGCCACCACUACUACUACGUCUGUUUUAAGCGCUGUCGACCGUGAUCGAAACAAAAAAGUGUGCCUUCCUCCUGCCGAAAACGGCGUGUUCAACACCGACUGCGGCAACGGAUCAACGUUGCCUCCAGAUACACCAUCGAACGUGCAGGUUGACGUGCUGAGCUUGCCCGGGAAGCAGCUGUACGAUGCGUACCAACAGGGUAACUACGAUGCCUGCACCGUGGGAACAGUUUCCGGGAUAGCAUUCUCCGUCUACGGUGGUUGCAAAUACGGGCUCGACAGCAUUCGCUGCCAGAAUUGUGUACGGGACGCGACCCUCGUCAUAUAUCAGUACUGUCGUGACAGCGUCGCGGCUCAGGCCGUGUCGGAUUCCUGUUGCGUUCGGUACGACAGGGACUACACGAUUUGUUAAUAAUCCAAACGUAUCGGAGGAAUAACGUACGGACGUGUCUUUGUGUCGUCGUUUUGUCGUCAUCAUAUAUCUUUUUGAUAUGCGCGAGUCGUUUCGCUUCUGGGGUUUUCGCAGUGUCGAGCGCGUUAUGAUCGCGCCCGUUCUUUGUAUGGUUCGUAAUUGAAACGUUUUCGGAAUAACGUACGCGUGUAUCUCUUAAAAUAUAUUAAAGGGCUUUUAGAUUUAAGCCACUGCCACGUACUCCUCCUGUAAUUUGAGGCUAUCCACGUCAGACUAUAAAGAAACUGUUCCCCG